AUGCGAAUCACGCGUGCACUCGCCCCUCUGGGGCUACUAUCACUGCCUGCCACCGCCGCCGCCGCGGCCGUAGGGAUCCCCCUGCAGGUGACCGACACCACCACCAUCGCCAACCCAUCCGCGGCCAUGGAACCCCGUCAAGCCGGAGACGGGGGCGGCGGCAACCUGAAGGUUUGCCGCGACGUGUUGCUCCUGCAGUCCCGGCCGGGCCUCUCGCUCAACGACACGCUGGCCGCGACGUGCAACGUCGCGGCGGCCGAGUACGUCAACGCGCUGGACCUGAACCGGUGCCUGGGCGUGGACCCCGCGACGCUGGAGUUAGGGUGGGGACGGGCCGGCCGGCUGAGCAGCUUCUGCUCGUCGUGCGAGCUGUCGGAGCUCGAGCUGGGCGGCGAUGACGGGCACGUCGCCGUUGGCAGGAUUGUGUUUGGCUGCGUCUGCAGCGACGCCGGGCAGGAGCGGGCCAGCUCUGUGCGGCUCGACGACGGCGGCAUCGAGGGCAAGAAUGGCGUACUGGCCUGUCGGAACGGCAUGCGCGCCAAGGCCAUCCGUAUGAACCCCGACGCGCCGGUCCGCACUGAGCCCAAGAGGUGCAACCUCGGACUCGGGGACAUGGGUUACAUGGACUGCAUCCCCAAACAGUCCAACGGCUUAAUCAUCCCCGUCGGUGGACGCGACAAAUACGGCAGCGUAUUUAACGACUGGCGAGGCGAUUAA